AAUAAAGUAUUGAAAAAAAAAAAAAAAGUGAAAAAAAGAUGCCUUCCGCACCUCCUCUCCGGUGUCUACAGCCGCCACAAAAAUGGUGAAGUGUGAAGUGACUCUCUCAAACAAAGUCACAUAUCACUGCCUGAAAAACACCUUUAACCCCUAUUUCACUUUCAGAGAGCCCACAGAGGAGCAUUGUCUGUGAAAGGGAAAAAAAAAGCACAUUUUGCUGUUUUCUACCACCCAAGGACAGAGAGCUCCUCGCGGUGGGAGGAGCCAGCGGCGUGUUUCCGCUCAGAGCAGGCCGACAGAGGUUACACGGUGAUCUACGCAGCCGUGCGGAGAAAUCACCGAAGAAGUGGCGGAACAGUUGUUUGUUACCGAGGAACACUGUCUGACAAAAAAUUUGUUGGAGCAUUUGUUGUCCACAUCGGGGGAAGAAGAAGAACAAGAGGAGGAGGAAGAAGAAGGAGUGGCAGCUGGACUGUCAGCAAUGGAAGCCGAGUUUCGGGAAAUCGAUGAAAACGGGAGCUGGAACGGCGUUUACCAGGAGAUUCGUCAGCAGUCAUGUGACCUCCCCUGCAAGUUUGCCAAAUUACCUGAAAACAAGAGUCGGAAUCGUUACAGAGAUGUUAGCCCAUUUGACCACAGCAGAAUAUGUCUGCAGCUGGGUACAAAUGACUACAUUAAUUCCAGCCUAAUAACAGUAGAAGAGGCACAGAGGAACUACAUCCUCACUCAGGGACCCCUUCCAAAUACAUGUGGCCACUUCUGGGAGAUGGUGUGGGAGCAGAGGACCCGCGGCGUGGUGAUGCUGAACAGAGUCAUAGAGAAAGGCUCUGUUAAAUGUGCCCAAUAUUGGCCACAGAGGGAGGAGAAGGACGCUGUCUUUGAAGACACCAAUUUCAAGCUUACCCUCGUCUCAGAAGACAUCAAGUCUUACUACACAGUCCGUCAGCUGGAGCUGGAAAAUCUGUCUACUCAAGAGACUCGUGAGAUUUUACAUUUUCACUACACCACCUGGCCUGACUUUGGGGUGCCAGAGUCUCCCGCCUCCUUCCUUAACUUCCUGUUCAAGGUGCGAGAGUCCGGGUGCCUGAAUUCAGACCAGGGGCCAGUGGUGGUGCACUGCAGUGCUGGCAUUGGUCGCUCGGGGACCUUCUGUCUUGUGGACACUUGCCUCUUAUUGAUGUCUAUCCGUAAGGACCCGUCUUCAGUGCGUAUUCGCGAUGUGCUGCUGGAGAUGCGACGCUAUCGAAUGGGCUUGAUUCAAACAGCGGAUCAACUUCGCUUCUCCUACCUCGCUGUCAAUGAAGGUGCCAAAUACAUCAAGGGUGACACAUCUCUGCAGGAGUCAUGGAAAGAGCUCUCGAACGAGGAAGACGAUCCUCCAGAGUUCACCCCUCCUCCUCCUCUUCCUCCUCCCAGAGACCCUCACAAUGGGAAAGUUGAGCCAUCGUUUUUCCCUGAAAAUGAUGAGAUCAUCCAACGCAUUGAGCACAGGAAUCUCGGGUCCUCACAAGAGUCGGAGCUGCGAAAGAGGAAUGUCGAUGCUCCCCAGCCUCCUCCUGAUCACGUUGAACUUCUCGAUGGCCACAUCGGAAGCCAAGAUCUUACCUCCAAAGCCCCAUCCAAAUCCCAGCAGCAGCAGCACGAGGCCCAGGAGCAGGAGUCAGUCGAGGCAGCAGAGCAGCCAAAGGAAAGCUCUCCUGUUCCGGGGACUUGGUCUCCUCUACUAGCCAACGUGUGCCUGUGCACAGCGCUGGCUCUCAGUGCGUAUGUCUGUUAUCGAGCCUAUUUCCACUGAUGUCUGUCCUUCCUCCUCUUUUUUUUUUUUUUUUUUUUUUUUUUUGUUCCUCUCUGUCUCUCCACUGAUGUUGCAAAGUGGACUACGUUGGCCAAUCAGCCUGCUUUGAACUCUGGGUUUACUCUGCGAGUGAGUGGAUUAUUUGGACUUCAGCAGAUUCAGGUUCACUCGUUUCAUUUUACAAAUGCAGUGGGAGGGGGCGACUGGGUGGGAAGAAGUCUUGCCCCUUCUCAUAACCCACCCAAAACAUUCGUUCAGUAUGUCAUCUUGGAUGCUCAGGGCCUCAGUUUUUCAGGUGUCACAUCUCAAAUCCGAGACUCAAAAAUAUAAUACAUAUCGCGGUCAGUAGAGGAAAAGGGUUUGUUUUAGCUCCCUUGUUCCGUGAACCAGGAUGAAUGGCCUGUCAGCCCAUUUUACAUGUGUCUCCUCUCUUAUUUACCAAAAUUACAUAAUUGUAUGAGUUCUUCCAUUUCAUCUUUUUACUAAUGUGUCCGUUAUGAUUUCACAUUUUCUCUCUUUUGCUUACACAAAUGGAUCAGAAAUUACAGAUCCAGAUCUUUGACCAGCCUGUCUGAAAAUUUGCCAGUUUGGGAGGUAGCAGUUUAAAAAAAAAAAAAAAAAAAAAAGUUAUUUUGUUUUGGGUCAAUAUUAAACCCAACAGUAAGUUGAAGUAUGUAAAAGUAAGAGGAAAGCAAUCGUGUGCCCAUUAGAUAAGAGAUGCAUGCUGGGGUGGGCACUGAAUUGUUAUCUGUCCUCACUCCUGGCCUGUGUAUAGCUGCAGGAGGCAUGCUGGUUGAGUCCAUACAGUAUGCUUGUUUUUGUGUGUGUGUGUGUGUUUGUGUGUGUGUGUGUGUGUGUGUGUGUGUGUGUGUGUGUGUGUGUACGUACAUAUGAGCGAGUGGUAGUUAUCGGAGCUUUCUACUGAUGCUUGAGUUAAAUCUACUCAGUGAAAAAUAUUAAUAUAACAUUUACAGGAUGUUAAAUGUGAGAUACGUAGACUGGGUUGCCUCCUGGCAACUGACCCCCCCACCCCCCCCCACCCCCCCACCCACACACACACACCCCGAUCCUGCGUUUUCUCUCCCUGGGAGUUCAACAGUGGCACAGAAAAGUUGCUUUAAAAACAAAAUGUUGCAGGAACAGGGUGAUAUGCAACUUUCUCCAUUUGCCUGGCAUUCUCAACUUGACUUGGGAAUAAUAUUGACAUCUUGAGGUGGCUUUUUUGCUAGUUUGGGAUAGCAGCUUUUCAGUCACAGUGGAUUAAAAAAAAAUAAACGUGUGGAGGCUGUUCAUGCCAAGAGAUUGUGUAACAUAACCUGAAAGCAGCUGAUACAUGUUGUAAAGUGUGUUCAGUCAGUGGAGUUAUGCCAGCUUAACGAACGGAGACACCCAGCUAUUUUUCGCCAGCAAUACAAAUACUUAAUAAUGUGUCACCCUUUACUUCAACAAACUCUUGAGUUGUACAGGUAGUCGUGGAUUUUGAACAAACCAAAAAUCAAACACCAGCACAGGGAUGAAAACAAUACACUGUAGUAAUGAUCUGUUGUGUCAUGGCGUGGCCCUGAGCUGGCUAUAUUGUUUUGUAUGAUUGUCUUUUUGUUUUUUGUUCUUUAGCAUGCUGCAUUUGUGAAUCAACAGGUUUGUCCUAAGAAGAGAUUAGUUAAGCUGCUAGCGUUCAGUUUACCUUUGUGACUCGACAACGUUCAGUACUUGAGUCCAACAGCUGUACCUUCGUUUAGAAUGUAUAAAUGUCCUGUCCAAGGACACACCCUUAUUAGAUAAAUAUAUUUUUUUCAAAUCAGGUUUCAGUGUGCUGAGUUUUUUUUUUUUUGUUUUUUUUUUUCUGCUUUAGCGAGGGAUAAAAUCUCAGCACCUGUGCAGCCAUUGCACCAGGUUUUCCUGUUUUUUCUAUACUUAUGCUGAGCUCAAAAACAUGUAUUUUUUUAUUUACAUUUGUUGUGUUCCUUUUUAAAUAAAAAAAAAGUCUACUGUUGUA